AUGGCUGCGGCUCCACAGACAGUGGGAGGGGGUGUAUACGCGGAUCUCUUUUCAGAUAUGAGAAGUCGCGGUCGAGCCAUGGCCCUGUACAUGUCGGCUUCGAGUUUUGGUCCAAUCAUCGGCCCAAUUAUCUCUGGUUGCUCCGUUCAGUACGGCUGGCGUUGGACUUUUCGAAUUGACUUGAUCCUGAGUGGUCUCACUUGGACUGGACUUUUGUUCUUUUCUGAAACUUUUUCUCCCGUUUUAUUGAAGAAACAGGCCAAGAAGCUAAGGAAAGCAUCUAAAUCUGACCAUUACUUUGCGCCACAGGAGUUAAAGAGCUCAGACGCGGCCUUUACUUUAGCUCAAACAGUGACCCGGCCGCUUUCCAUGCUUGUGUUUGAGCCAAUUAUUCUCUUCACUGCAAUUUAUAUCUCCCUUGCUUGGAGCAUGGUGUUCUUUUAUUUCCAGGCUUAUCCCAUUAUCUUCGAAGAUACCUACAACUUCAGUGUCGCGACAGUAUCUCUGACGUAUAUUCCAAUGGGUAUCGGAGCCGCAUCAUCCUGCAUUUUUGCUCUCUACUACGAUAUUGCCUAUGAAAAAGCCAAAAAACUUGGGAAGAAAUGGGCCUCAAGCCCCGAGUUCCAUCGACUACCUCUGUCUUGCACCACUGGACCCUUGCUUACCAUCAGUCUAUUCUGGCUCGCAUGGUCCGCCAAAUCAAGCGUUCACUGGAUAGUCCCCGUCUUGUCUGGUCUUGUGUUCGGUCUCGGAUAUCAGACAAUCUUCAUCUCGCUGCUGACAUAUGUCACGGAUGCAUACCGAAUCUACUCAGCCAGUGCUCUGGCUGCGUCAGUAAUAAUGCGCAGUAUCGCCGGGGCGCUUUUCCCACUUGCUGCAGACCCGCUUUAUGGGAAUCUCGGGGUUUCUUGGGCCACCUCAAUACUUGGGUUUGCUAGCCUCGCUUGUAUUCCAAUUCCAUUCGCACUACUCUACUAUGGACCUUGGAUUCGGAAGAGAAGCCCGUUCUGUCAGCGAUUGAUGGAGGAUGAUAUACUCAAAGCACCGAGUGGCGCAAGAACUCCUGAGGAGGCCUAG